UAAUCUGUAUGAAAUCUUCCUUAAUGACCAAAUACUUUACAAUAAUGAUACUUCCUCACAAAGUGAGACAAAUCUAAAUUCUAGUGAUUAUUAUGAUCAUCUACUUCCUCUACACAUAAGUACAAAUAUUCUCGCCUAAAUCAAAACAGUCAGUUAGGAAGAUGAGCUAGAACAGGGCAGACAUGUUGAAUUUAUACGCUGUUAUAUUUUUGUUCUGUGCCGCCAUCGAAGCCUCGCAAAAUUUCAGCAUCGGUGACCCACGUGCCUGCUAUGAUGGAAAGGGGGAGAUGCCGUUCAUGUUCGAGGUUAUGCCUGGAUUUGGUUGGGAUAAUCUUGUGAAUGAGAAUCGGGGCGUUGUUGUGAAUUUUAAUUAUUCAAAGUGCAAAACUACAGAGGACAGAAGAUAUCUCAUCCCAGAUGGAGUAGUAACCAUUCCUAUUAAGACGAGUCACAUGAACGUUUUCUCUAAGGUGUAUGAUCACUGGUCUCAGUAUGAAUCUGAUACAUCGUUCUCUGUGAACAACGCAGCUUCGGCAACCAUUAAGGGUGUAAAGAUUGCAGCCAGUCUGUCUUCCGAGUAUGAGCACAUUAAAAAGCAUCAGCUAGAAGACAAAUCAAUCACAACUAAAGUCCAAGCACGAUUCGUCCGGUACACAGCAAAGAUUCUUCCUGAUGUACAGUUAGAUCAGUCUUUCCGAAAUCGUCUGCUAAAGAUUGCCAACCAUAUUCAACAAAAUCGAAAAUUGUCGACAAAAUAUGAAAGUGAACUGCUUGUUCGAGAUUUCGGAACUCACGUACUUACGAGCGUUGAUGCUGGUGCGUCUAUCGUCAAAGUAGACCAGAUUGACUCUUCCCUUCUCCAAGAUAGCACAAUCGACAAAGUUCAAAUAGGGUAUGCAGCGAGUGUCUCUCUGCCUGGACUUGCAAGUGUUGAUGUAAAAGAUAAAUUCUCAUACUCAAAAACUGCACUUCAAAAAUACAUGCGGAACGUUAAAAACUCGGACAUCAGAGCGUACGGAGGUCCGCCCAUGAAUCCUGAAAAUUUUACACUCAGUAAAUGGACAACUACUAUUGGAAAUGAUUUGGUUGCAGUGGAUAGAAAUGGAUUUCCUUUAGACUACGUCAUCUCUACUACUGCGCUUCCUGAAUUGUCUGCAAGUUUGGUUGAAGAAAUCGUUCAAAAUGUUCGAAGUGCAAUCUCGUCCUACUUCCUCCAUAACACGUACCCAGGAUGCACCGAUCCAGACGCACCAAACUUCAGCAAAAUUUCAAAUCUAGAUGAUGGUACCUGUCAUGCACCUCUAACGAACCUUAGCUUUGGUGGAAUUUACCAAACAUGUCAGUUCCAGGGAGGAUUAAUGAAUAACGAAAACAUGUGCAACACACUGAACAUUACUGUAAGAAAUCCUCAAACACAGAACUUUCGAUGUCCAAAAGGAUUUGAUACAGUUCUUCUUUAUGAAGGAAAAACACAUAAAGCUCAACAUGAGCACAAGUGUCAUAGAUGCUGGGCCUUUUUUAAGUGUUGUCACGACAAGUCUUAUUAUGGCUCUGCAACAUAUACAUCGUAUUGGUGUCGUGCAAAACCAAACACACCUGUUCAAGAAAACAGCGGAUUUCUCUUUGGAGGUCUGUACUCAGACAGAACUAGUAACUUUGUAACUCAAUCAAAAUCAUGCCCGCAGUACUAUAAUCCAAUGAAGAUUGCCUCUAAUGUCUAUGUCUGCAUCAGUGAUGACUAUGAACUUGGCGCCAAAUCUGCCGUGCCAUUUGGUGGUUUCUUCAGUUGUCAGCAUGGUAACCCUUUAGUUGAUAGUAAAUAUACAAAAUCUUGUCCAAAGGGUUUCAGUAACCACUUAGCCACAAUUGAUAACAACUGUGAAAUAGAAUACUGCGUACGGACAGGCCAAAUGUCCGAUCUAAAAUUCCCUACCGUUCAGCUCCCGCCGUUUUUUGAUGUUCCUGCAGAGAGUUUAGAGGAACCAGCAAAUUACAUAAUUUCUCAUGAUUCUGAAUCGUGGGUCCAACUUAUUGAUCCCGAAAUGAAAGGAGAUAAACCAGACGAAUCAAGCUGGACCACAUUGAAUUCAGCACCCAGAGAAAUGGCCACCCUCAUGAAGAAAUUCACAGGUAACCAUGUAGUGCAGGAAAAAGACGACAGUCCGGGGAUGUCAAAAGGCGCCAUUGCGGGCUUGUCUGUUGGCUUGACUACAGCAGUUUGCGUAAUUGUAGGUAUUGCGAUAGCUGUUCGUCGCAAUCGCAAGCAGAAGAAAAUCUACGAAAGUUUUGAGUAAGCUGUUU